AUGCAGUUGCUGCUUGUGUUCUUCUCGCUUCUCUCCGCGGCAGCCGCCCAGUUCGGCUUCUUCGAGCACAUGUUCGGCGGCCACAACGGAGGUCACGAGCACCAACAGCAUCAGCAACGAAACAACCCCAGCGACGCCUCGUUUUACAAGGCGCAGUACACGCAAUCCGUUUGCGACAACUACCUCUGUCCCGACUCCCUCGCCUGUGUCCACUUCCCUCACCACUGUCCCUGCGCAUGGGAUGCGAACGAAGAAAAAUUCGAGCUGGGCGACGGCAAGCGCAUCUGCAUCUCCAAGGGGGGGUUUAAGCCUGGGGAGGCUGCGCGAAAGGUUGAGUUGGCUAGAAAGGGAUUGUUAUAA